AUGGCUUUCAACAAGAGAGGCUCCAACAACUUUGCGCACUGGAAUAUGUUCCCCUUCAUGACGACACAGAAGACGAAGUACUUUCUCGGGCAAACGCAAUCGCCAUUCUUUCGACUUCCGCGGGAGAUACGGAAUACUAUCUACGAACAUUAUGCUCAGGGUCGACCACAGUAUGUGUACGAUAGGGACACGGCAAGAUUGCGAUACUCCGAUACUUCAGCUCAGACGGAGGGCCUCGGUCUCAUGAUGACCUGCAAGAUUGCUGCAGACGAGAUGCAGCACGUCGCUUUCCAGAAUGUCGAGUUCACUACGCUUUGCUCCUUGGAUGAUGGCGCAGUCUUCCAACAACUCCGAUCCAGAGUCGCUCGAUUUUGCCAGCUAUUCGACAUGGUUCAGGUUCAGAGCCAAUACAUGUUGAUCUGUGUCGCGGAACUACUCGAGGCGUCAGAUCUUACUGAGAUAAGAGCUCGUUAUCCAGCCAUCGAAGACUGUUUCGAAGGACCUCUGAAGCAAGCAGUCGCACAAAACAUCAAUAAACUCUCCCGAUACAUGAACAUUGGUUUGGACAAUCACACAUCUCAAGAUUUCAUAGAAGCUCUCGUGCUUGCGCCCGACAUGGCGAAGAGUCGAGAUUCGACCAAGUUUGCGCGGCUCACACGAGGAAUAUUUGGAAACAUCAUCUGCCCUGUGAGCAACCUUCGAGGUAUGGGCCAGUACAAUAUCUUCGUGGAAGGGGCGUUGCACGAUGUACUUUGUUGGAGACCAUCCCCUUGGGCGAUUCCCACGGAUAGCGAGCUUGCCAGGAUGGAGGGGCUUGUUUGCCGGCCAGAAGAAAACAACGAGCUGAUUUACAACUGGUGCCACGUGGAGGACCCCCGCCGACUAUGCAACAGUAAAUACUACUUCUCUGCUGCAGCAGUAGCGAUCGACUUUUGUAAGUACUGUCCUCUAUCACAGCGCUUGUUGUUGUAA